AGCAUAAAUGACGGUAGUCGGUGGAUGAGUAAUCAGUCGAGUCUUUGUAUAAGUAGGGAUGUCUUUUCCCUCAUUUGAAACAUUCAAUAAUUGAAAGCAAUAGAAAUUCAUUUUCUUCUAUAGCUUUUCUCUACAACUUUCUGUCUCUACCAACGUGAGAUUAGGCGCUUCAAUGAUCUAAGAAAAUCUAAAUCGCCGUACGGGUUUAAUCUCAAACUAUUGACCCGUGACAAAUACCUUUAAGAAAUGACAAUGAGCCAAUCCUACGUUCUCUGUAGACUACGAGACUAGUUCAAGAAUGGAAUGGGAGUACAGCAUUUUUAAUUGAGCCUAAACGAUCAUUUCUUUUCUCAUUGCAUACCUUAAACUCGACCCGAAUGUGUACGGACAACGACCAUACGAGGAACAGUGGAUGUUUCAAAUUGAACUCCUAGACGCCAAAACAGAACACCCAUUUCUCUCUCCCUCUCUCUCCACGAAAAAAAUUCGAUCUUUACUGGAGGGGCUCGAUCAGCUGGGACGCAUGUUUCCGAUUCGAAGAAGCUCCGGUGAAUGAAAACUCACUUCCUUUCUGCUCCAAGAAUCGUGUUCCAACCCCAGUUCAACCAUCGCACCCCCAUGAAGAAGAACAAACCGUCGCAGCCCAAGAAGGACAAGUGUGCCCGCAUGAAGGCGAACGCGAACGACCACGACAGUCCCGGGAAGAAGAGACCGCGAAGGGAGAUAAACCCACCGAAGGCAUUGGCGCUUCGGCAAGAACCGGAAGCGCCGGACAUCGAAGACUUCUCGUUCGACAGAGAAGAGGUGAGCGGUGCCAGAGCUUCGCUCUUGGAGUGGUACGACCUCAACCGGAGGGAGCUUCCGUGGAGGAUGAGCGGCAGCGAGGGCAAUACUGGGAAUGCACCGGAAGAUGAAGAAGAAGAAGAUAGGAGGGCUUAUGGGGUGUGGGUGUCUGAGGUGAUGCUGCAACAGACGAGGGUUCAGACCGUGAUCGACUACUACAACCGGUGGAUGCUCAAGUGGCCUUCUCUUCACCAUCUCGCCUCUGCUUCUCUAGAGGAGGUGAAUGAGAUGUGGGCUGGUCUGGGCUAUUAUAGGCGGGCACGUUUCCUCUUAGAGGGGGCAAAAAUGAUUGUUGCUGGUGGAGAAGGAUUUCCCAGGACAGUUGGUGCACUCCGAAAGAUUCCUGGAAUCGGUGAUUAUACAGCAGGUGCAAUUGCCUCGAUAGCGUUCAAUGAGGUGGUGCCGGUAGUUGAUGGGAAUGUAGUUAGAGUGCUUGCUAGGUUGAAGGCUAUCUCUGCAAAUCCAAAAGACUCAGCUACUGUCAAAAACUUUUGGAAAUUAGCAGCUCAACUAGUUGAUCCAGAUCGACCUGGGGAUUUUAACCAGUCUCUCAUGGAACUUGGUGCAACUGUUUGCACUCCAUUGAAUCCAAGCUGUUCUUCAUGCCCUAUCUCCAUCCAAUGUCAGGCACUUUCAAUUUCCAGAAAGGAUGAAUCUGUAACGGUCACAGAUUAUCCUUCUAAAGGAGUCAAGACAAAACAAAGAGAGGAAUUUUCUGCAGUUUGCGUUGUGGAGAUAUUAAGAGGUGAAGAUGCAUUUGCCAGUAACAGUACUGAAAGUGGUUACCUUCUCGUGAAAAGGCCAGAUGAGGGUUUGCUUGCUGGUCUCUGGGAGUUCCCAUCAGUAAUGCUGAAGGAUGAAGCUGACUCAGAUACAAGAAGGAAAGCAAUUGAUAAUUUUCUGGAACAAUCUUUUGGACUUGACUUAACAAUCUGCAUCCCGAUCACAAGGGAAGAUGUUGGAGAUUUUGUCCAUAUUUUUUCACAUAUUCGUCUCAGGAUAUUCGUGGAGCUGUUGGUGUUACGUCUCAAAGAUGAGACGAGUUUCUUUAGGAAGCACAGCAAGAAAACAUUGACAUGGAAAUAUGUGGACAGCGAGGCUCUUUCUAGCUUGGGAUUGACGUCUGGAGUCAGGAAGGUGUAUGCUAUGGUUCAGAAGUUCAAGAAAAACAGUUUGCCCAAAUGUUCCCAACCAAGGAGGAGAAGCAGAUUAAAGCAAUAAGAUUACCUCAAUCAAGACUCUCGCUAUGAAAUUCAUUGAGGUCUUUGCUCGGUCUGAGUUUAAACGGGGCGUUUCAAUUUAUUGGAGGCUGAAGGGACCACCUCUCUAGAUGCAACUUUCCCUGUUAGGCCCAGAUCUUGAUCAUAUAAACGGGGGAUUAUCUGCGCGAUUCAUUGUGGAAUUCAUCUGGGCAAUUCGUUGUGGAAUUCAUCUAUUCCAACUGCGAACGAAUGGUUUAUGAUCCUCCCCAAGAUCAAUCUCUUGGUUCUAUUUUAUGAAGUCGUUUGCAUCGUGUUUUGGCACAUCUCUGAAACCUCUGCCAUUCUUUUUUUUAGAACAAAAUGAGACUCUGAUCACAAAUUCACAAUCAAUCGAAUCAUAUGGCUGACCUUUAGCGUC